GGAACCGAACCGACUGACCCGAUAGCCAGGUCUAAAUUGGGGCCAUUAAUUUUUUUGUCAUGCUCGAACGGAGUGUUUGUCCCUCUAUUGGGCCGGUUGUGAGAGGACAAACAGUCCGUCCUAGCAGGGCCCAAAAAAUUAUUGGGGCCAAUUAAAGAAGCCCAGCCCAAUUCAUCCUCUUCUCUUAGUUGCGGGAGAGACGCACGAGAGAACCGAACAAGGCAGGGACGACGGAACUGACGGAAGAACCGACGAAGAGAGAACUCAGAUACGCCGCCGCCGCCGCCGCCGCCUCUAGACGCAACGCCGGACGCCGACCCUCAAGCUCCAGCCUCCAGAAUGGAAAAUCAGGAAGAUGGAUCGAUGCAUGAGCGUGGUGAAAAGAUCUUGCGCAUCUUCUCAGAAUUUAUGACAAGUAUUGUAAAGUUUGAGGAACUAUCAUCUGUAGGGAACAAAUUGCUAGUUGGCUUUCAGCAAGGACUUGAAUAUGUUCAAAGGCCUCGGAUUGAAAAGUAUCCUGAUUUGGUCGAGUCCAUUAUCAAAGCUAAUGAAACCAAGAGGCUGGUGUCCUACAUUGAGUCUGGAUGCAAGAACACCAAUGACAGUAUUCAGAAUAUAAACAAGUUGCAUACAUGUCACAAUGAACUGCAGGAUCAUAAAACUAAAGCAAAAUGCUUGGUGGAUGAUCUUGGCAGCCUUCUGGAUGAUACAGUUGCUAUAGUGCAAAGUGCAAAGUACAACCUGGCUUGCGCAAUGGACAGAGAUAGCGAUUGCGAUUUGGACUAUGAAACAACCUUAACUGAAAGAUCAUCGAUUGUAUCAAGCGAAACACUCAUAGAGGUUGCUAUGGUGAUGGCGGCAGUAUGCAGUAUGGUUAAAAAAGACUACGCGAUGCAGGAAAAGAUUAUUUCGUCUCUGAAUCUCAAAUCGUCAACGGGAGAGCUCGAAACGUACUGCUUAAUGUGGUCGCUGCGCCCUUUCAUAGAUGAUGAGAUCAUGCAGAGAGCUUGGAAACUUGUCCAUUGACCAAAGUUCAUGUCAAUCUUAUACUAUCCAUUAUUGGGUUAAACACUCCUUUUAAGUUCAUAAAACCAAAGUCCAAAGCUCAUUUUGAGAAAUGUUUAUUUAAGAGUUACACGUUAAUUUAUUACGGAGUACUAUUUUGGGAAAAAAAGUAAAUCUUGAUUAAAAAG